UCUCCUGAAUAAGUCAUUAUUACUAUUUUGGAAUGUUCUGGUAGCAAUUAGAAAUUUGUUACAACUGUUAUUUGCUGCUGUUACAUAGGACAGAUUUCGAGAGGAAUAUUAAUAUUAACUUGAUCAAUAUAUUGUUACAUUUUACAAUAUGGACGUUUUUGGCCAAAAUAAGUCACAGAUGAACACCACCAUUCCGACUGAAAACUGGACAUCUAUAUACUCUAUAGUUCGAUGGAUACAAAUAACAAUGGCCGUCCUAAGCAUUUUAGGUGCUGGCUCCAUAAUCGUAUGUGCCUGUUUAAAAGGACUAGUAAGAAAACCAGAGGUGCUGCCGUUAUUCUUGUUAAGUGUAACAGACCUGCUGUUAGCUUUGAGUUGGAUGUGUGGAGGUCUUCUCUUCACCCAGUCCUGUAAAUCUUACGCCACCUGCUACAACCUCCACAUAGUGGAACAGAUGCUUUACAUGGCCUCGUUCUUCUACACGCUGCACUAUGUUUGGGUGCUCUACACCGGACUAAUGGGGAAGUACAAGAGACUCAACGGUUUCCCAGCCGAGAAUGCAGCAAACACAAGAAGCUGCAGAUGUCUUGGUCCUGUACUGUCAUGUCUUUUGCCUUUAAUGCUCACAGCGCCUGUGUUUGUAGCAGGAAAUGUGUUUCAGUGUUACACAAACUUCACCCAGCCCUACAGAUGUUUGCUGAUGCAUACAGGGGCUGUGUAUCUCACCUCAUCUGUAAAUACAGAAAUGACAGCAUGUAGUAUCAUUCAAGACUACUGCAUGACCAUUUUCCUUACUACCUUCCUCGUCACCUUCAUUGGCAUCACGACUCUCAUGUGUAAAGCUUGCUCCCUGUACAAGCGUGUCAUCACGUCUCAAGGUUUCUUUGGUGACAAUCAUUGGGAAACUCUGCGUCUCCUGGAACGGCGUAUGCUGCUUUAUCCCUCAGCCUUCUUCUUCUGCUGGGGACCAGCACUAAUUCUGGCCACUAUGAUGCUGGCGAAACCGGACAUAAUAGAGGGAAGGAUGGGAGUCAUUCUCUACAUCCUACAGGCCUUCACCUCUGCUUCUCAGGGUCUGUUAAACUGCCUGGUUUAUGGCUGGACACAGCAGCACUUUCGCUCUCUCAGCGGCAGCAACACCCUACGGGACGCCAAUACCCAGACUCCCCUGCUGCGCUCCCAGAAACGAAACUAUGCUGCUUUGAGAUCUGCUGCAUCACUCACCAAUUUUGUCUGACAGAGAGACACGCAAGAAUCUCUGUAAUGCAUUGAGAAAUGCAUUGCAUUGCAUUGCAUUGCUUUAAACCAAAACGACUGAGGAAUCGAACCCAUGACUUGGCUGUUGCAAGCGUCGUGCUCUACACAUCGAGCUACCGGAGCCAAUGCAGCACACACUGCUGUGUCAGAAAAACUGAAGACUGAAACGAGCAAAAUAUCUGUGUGGUCUGUCAUGCGUGAAGACCAAUGAAAGCAAACACAGCAGAAGCCGUUUGUUUUGCUGUGGUAUUACCAACACCAGAUGGCAGAAAAGGAAGUUCUGCUGAAAAGGGAGCUGAACGUUUGUUCUUCUACCUUGGUUUUGUUUUGAUUUUUCAGAUGCUGCACCUGCUGCUAGUUUAGCUGAGAAACCCACUUCAGGAAACCGUUUCAUCAUCCAGCCUCUAUAAUACUUGCUUUUGCAAUGACAUGAUCGAGACUUUCAGGUCAAGACCCACUGCUGGGCUGUCAAAAAGGGAAAGACCGAAGGGGGAUUCCGGCCAGAGGGAAAUAGCUCUGAAACAGGAUCUGAGAGGACUAUGCUGCUGCUUUCCAUCCACAAAAAAUGCGCUGAACCCAACCACACAUAGCGGGUAUCAAUUACUGCUGAAGGAGCAUGAAAUAAAUAUUUUUCUCUUAAUAAACAAUGCAACUGUGAGCAGGCUUCUCAGUGGAUAUUAUUAUUGAAGAAUACAGCUGAUGAGAAAUAUAAGUUGCAGGAAAAGUACCUUGUCAAGAUAGUAGCAAUAAACCAUAAAAUAAGCAUUUUUCUUGAAAGGAGGUCUUUACAGUCAUGGAAAACCUGGAGAUAUAAGGGAAAUAUUUAGAAACUGUGAUUUUUAGGCUUGG